AUGCCUAAAAUUGAGUACCAUAAAUGUGAUGUGGGUAAUAAAGAAGAGCUUCAGUUAGUAAUAGGGAAAGUCAUAGAAAGUUUGAACAGUCAAAAAAAGUAUAUCAGCAUAUGCAUUAAUAAUGCUGGUAUAAGACAUAACGAAUCAUUAUUGAAUUUAUCACAAGAAAGAAUUGAAUCUAUUUUCAAUGUGAAUACCAUGUCCUAUAUACUAGUUUUAAAAGCUAUAUUGAAGAAUCAUGUGGAAAAGGUUAUUCCUAGACAAACUCUGAAUAGUAACCUAUUUAUUGUUUCAAUAUCAUCAAUAUUGGGCACCCUUGCGCCAAGGAAUUUGUCUAUCUACUCUGCCUCAAAAGCAGCCAUAAUUCAAAUACAUGAGGCCUUGACUCAAGAAGUAUCAUAUUUACCCAUGAUUAGGCUAUUAUUAGUGACUACAGGCCAGCUAACUACAACCAUGUUUCAUGAUGUCAAGCCUCCAAUGAAAUUUCUUGCACCAUUAGUCCACCAUGUUGAAUUGGCAAAAGAAAUCGUACGUAAAAUAGAAAAAGGUGAAAAAGGUGUUCUAUGCGCUCCACUUUAUGCCAAUUUUUUACCGAUUGUUAAAUGCUUGCCUAUAUUUAUGCAAGAUUUCUGUAGAUGGUUUUCGGGGAUAGAUACUCAGAUUAAAGACAAUCAUGAGGUAGCAUGUAAAUAA